CUCUCUUACUCCCUCUCGCCCUCCUCCCAAACACAAUCCAAUACUGAAGCCAUUAUGUCCCUUCCCCAAAACACAACCCUUACCCCCCUCACCAUCCACUGCCUAACAAUCCACAUCCCCCUCCCCUACGAAACCGUCCUCCAGCGAUUCCGCACUCUCGCCCCACCACUCCAACCAGGCAUCUUACGGACGCAAUCCAGCGCUGAAGCUAUCGCGCAAGUUAUCGACGAUACAAACACCACGAGCGGGUUUGUACGAUUUGCAGAAUUUAAUCACGGGUCGUGGGUACAUCACUUUCUAUCACCAGAGCAGGGUGGACGUCAGAUCCAUCGCUUCAUAUUCGGGAAUCCGAUCCUCGCGGCCGCCAUGAUCCAAGAGAGUAUUUAUGCGGCGGUACAUGUGCCGCUGGAUUGUGGGUUUGUGGAGGAGGUGGAUGGGUCGACGACGAUGGUGAUGGUUUUGCCUGGGGGGUUGGUGGAGGGGGAUGGGGAUGCGGAUGCGGAGAGGAUGGGAAGGGCGGUGGGGGAGGUGGAGGGGAGGGUAUUUAGAUUAGUGGACAGGUUGCAGGAAGAUGGGGUUUGA